AUGGAAACCUCCAUGGAGGAAAGCUUUUCUUAUGAUGAAAAUCUCCUCGACAAAAAAGCUAUCAGAAGCUUCGUAAGGUUAAACAGGAUUUUGGGGCAAUUCCCCAAGAAGGAUGGCAUUGAGUGUGUUCUUUGCCAGGAGAAAACAAAGAUCCGCAACCUUCACGACAUGUUCAAGGCAUAUGCCUGUGCGGUUUCCUGCCUUGUCCACCACACAAAGUCUGUUGGAGAUGCCGAUCUCUUUGUGUUUUUCGAGGUUGAGGAUUUUGUGAUGAAAAAAAUAAAACGGAGAGAGAUGUGCACAAUCAGGGAUGUCCUGGAAUACAAAAGAGAUACGAAGGAGAUGUAUGAAGAUGCAUUAAGAGAACAGUUAGUUGCAGUAUACAAGACAUAUUUCAUAGAGGAUGCUAUCAAAAUCAAUUGCGAACAAGAUAUCGAGUCGAUAGUGUAUAAGUACUAUAAACUAGCAGAUGAUUGUCUAAGAAAGAAAUUCACGGCAAAGAGUCUAGAGCUUAUCUUAACUCUUCUGUUCAGGAGAAAUGAGCUUAUCCGAUUUUUCAAAGUAUUCUCCUCUGGUAAGAAGAGCCGUGCUGCCUUCAAGCUUGCAUUGUUAUUCACACUGAAGCCUGAGUCUCACAUCUCAACAGAAAUCCUACUAAAAGAGUUCGAGGACGUUGAAUUUGAAAAGGAUAGCUUGUUUCCAUACAGCGGGAACAUUGGAAGUAUACGCAAAGUUAGCAAGAUGCUAGAAGAUUCGGAAACAGACAUUGGAGAGUGGUUUAAAAUGCAGAAGGAAAGGAUCUAUUGGGAAGAGUGUGUCCAGAUGUGGGCAGCAAACAGAGAAAGUGAUGCAGCUGCGAUGGAUAACUCAAUGGUAGAGAUUUGCAUAAAAAACAAACGCUACGAAGACGGAUGGCUGAUAUGUAAAAAUGAUGUGGAGGGUACCAAUGUAAGUGUCAGUAAGGCUUGUAUUCUUUGCUUCAAGGGUCUAAAGAAGAAUCCUAAGAGCAACGCCUGGAAAGCUAGGAUAGGUGAGAUUGUCGAGUAUUCCAUAUCUACCGGCAAUGUCAAUUCAUUCCACGUGCUGAUAGAUGAGGUCUUAACAAAGCUCUAUGAAGUUUCUCCUAGCCACCGGAUUUCCAUUCUCAGAAGAUUCUCCAAAAUGAUCAGCUGUCUGCAUAGAAGCGAAGACUUAACUGUGGACUUUUUUAAGGGACUUCAGGAAUUGUGCAGUAGGUGCGAGGACUUCGAAACACGAAAUCUAUGCAUAAAGUAUUCAGAGCAGGCCUACGAAGAGUGGAGAAAAGACAGGAAAAAGAAGUUCCUGUUCUUCAAAAGGCAAGGCCUACAAGAUAUUCUUAUAUAUCGAACUUUACUUGAGAUCUAUGGUUCCAUGAAGGACUGCAGGAGAUUUUACAGUGUCUAUCAAGACCUUUUAAAGUCAAAUAUCGAGUUAACUAAGGAGCUGUGUAUAAAACUGGAAGGCCUUCAUAUCCAAGAUUGCGAGGAGUGCAUUUUAAAGAGAAACCGAGUUGUUGUAAAUAAGGACCAGAGAAUUGCAUUCAACUUCUUGAAUAAACCCUAG